AUGACGGGUGAAAUGCCAUGGCCAGAAGUGUCUGUGGGUAACAAGAACCAUGCGAACGUUUCCGUGGUUAUCAUUGGAGGAGGAAUCUCUGGCAUGUGUCUUGCCAUCGAUCUGCUUAAAAGGAACAAAUGUCGCAACUUCAUCAUCAUUGAACAAUCCGCUGGUCUAGGAGGUACAUGGCUCGACAACAAGUAUCCUGGUUGCUGCUGCGAUGUCUGGAGUGCACUAUACUCCUACAGCUUCGCAAAGAAUGCCAAUUGGACGCGUGAAUAUCCCGGUCAGGAAGAGAUUCUUGCAUAUCUUCAAGAUGUUGCUCAAGAUUACAAGCUCUUGCCUCAUUUCCGCUUCAAUACCGAGGUGCAAAAUGCGACUUGGAACGAAGCGGAACAGAAAUGGAGCGUGCAAGUCAAGACUUCUUCAGGGAGCAAGGAAGCAGAGUAUACUCCAGAGUAUGAAAUCAAAGCGGAUUUUGUGGUCAGUGCUGUUGGACAGUUGAAUGUUCCUCAGUGGCCGAAGAUUGAGGGUUUGGAGGAGUUCAAGGGCAAGAAGAUGCAUUCGGCGAGAUGGGAUUGGUCUUAUGAUCUGACGGAUAAGAAGAUUGGUUUGAUUGGAAAUGGAUGCACGGCAGUUCAGAUCUUACCCGAGAUUGCAAAAGUAGCCAAACACGUCACCGUCUUCCAACGAACAGCCAACUGGGUCAUUCCCCGCCUUGACGCUCCAGUGACACCUCUCUGGCGGACCAUCUACAAGUAUGUKCCAGGAGUCAUGGCACGAAAGCGAGCAGGCCAAAUGGACUAUCGAGAGUCUACGCACGGCUUCAUCUCUGAUAGCAAUUCGCCUACUGCGGCUGAAUUCACGACAGCUUCYCACGAGAUGAUGCAAUCGCAACUCCCGAAUCAGCCGGAGCUUUGGAAGAAGUUGACUCCGAGCUAUAACUUGGGCUGUAAGAGGAUUAUCAUCAGCGAUGAUUUCUUCCCUACCAUUGGGCUAAGCCACGUUGAUCUUGAGACCAGAAAGAUUCACAGUAUCGAUGGCAACACCGUGAAGGUCGCGGGCGACAACGGAGAGCCCGUCAAUACUGAAGAUUUCGAUUUUCUUGUUUGUGCCACAGGAUUCAAAACAGUCGACUUCAUGCAUCCCAUCAAGCUUACAGGAAAAGGCGGCCGUCCCAUUGACGAAGUAUGGAAGGACGGAGCAAAAGCCCUGUACGGCAUGACAGUCGAAGACAUGCCUAAUUUCGCAAUGCUUUACGGCCCGAACACGAAUCUUGGAMACAACUCAAUCAUUUUGAUGAUUGAGGCCCAGAGUCGUUACAUCAACGCAUUGAUCAAGCCGGUACUGGAAGCCCGAAGUCAGGGCAAGGCACUGAAUUUGACUCCAAAGCAUGACAAGAUCGAAGCUUUCAACGAGGAGAUCCAAGCUGAGCUACGGUCUAGCGCGUUCAAUGAUCCGAAUUGCAAUUCCUGGUACAAGAAUGAGGCGGGUUUGAUCACGAACAAUUGGUCUCGUACAGUCCUGGACUACCAGCACCUCGUAGAGAUUGUCAAGUUCGACGACUUUGACGCCAAUGGCAGUGGAAAGAACCUUGUUGAGGAGAAGAAGUCUGUGCAUGUCGGCAGAGUCAAGGAAGAGUCACUUGUCAGUGACACCACGCUGAUGGUCAUGGGUGCAGUUAGUACUGCGGCUCUUGUCGGCGGCUGGUUAAUGAGGAACUCGCGUCACCUCCCUAGCAUUAGAGUGAGAUAG